UGAACCCGAACGCCUGAAGCUGAAAUCGAGAAGCAAAAAAUAAAAAUGGAGAUUACGGAGAGGAGGCACGAUGAGAUCAUGGACAAUGUCAAGUCGCAGUAUGUUUCCGAUGAACGCCACUCUCGCGAGCUCAAAGCUGGUUUGCAUCCUCUACGGUACAGGUUUGCGAUUUGGUAAGGGGUCAGGAACCAGACAUCUUACGAAGAUAUCAUUAAGAAGAUUGUUGAAUUCAGCACGGUUGAAGGGUUUUGGGCCUGCUACUGUCACCUUGCUCGUUCUUCUCUAUUGCCUAGUCCAAGUGAUCUCCAUUUCUUCAAGGAUGGCAUUCGCCCCAUGUUGGAGGAUGGUGCCAACUGCAAUGGUGGAAAGUGGAUCAUACGUUUCUCCAAAGGUGUAUCUUCUCGGUUCUGGGAAGAUCUGCUUCUUGCGUUGGUAGGUGACCAGCUUGAUGAUGCUGAUAACAUCUGUGGGGCAGCUGAGGACAUCAUUAGUGUGUGGAAUCGCAAUGCUUUUCAUCAUCAGGUGAGAUUACUAUUCACAAGAUCUUUCGCAAUCAAACGGCACUUGAAGCUGCCUCAUGCAUAUGUCAUGGAAUACAAGCCCCACGAUGCUUCUCUUCGUGACAGCUCUUCCUACAGGAACACUUGGCUGAGAGGAUAGGUUCAAAGUAGACCAUUGUAUCACGUGAUGUGGGGAAAGAUUCGGAAAGCUCUCCUGCAACCUACCUGGGAAGAUAUAUGGACUGAACCAUAUUCUCGAUAGCACAUUGUCAGAUGGCUCACGAAC